GGGAUAGUAAGAGCCACUUCAGAAAUCGGUGAAAAAUGUAAGAUGUGCGAUUUAAUUUUGCACUCAGUUAAGAUGCACCUUCAAAAUAUUGUAGCCUACAUUUUAUCCAUAAAUACGCUUUAUUUUUUCAUUUCUGUAACAUAUUUACGACUAUUUGUAUGUUCUGUGACGUAUCAUUUCCUGCAUCCACUCUCGUGUUUUACUUUCACUUUAUGGGUCUUUCUAGCAGGUAUUUGGUAAACAUGGCAGAGAUUAUACUCGAAAAUAACGACCAGUACAGCUGCUCUGUGUGUCUGGACUUACUGAAGGAUCCGGUGACAAUUCCUUGCGGACACAGUUACUGCAUGAGCUGCAUCAAUGAGUGCUGGAAUAAGGACCAGAACGGACCAUAUAAAUGUCCACAGUGCAGACAGACCUUCAGCUCAAAGCCUCCACUGAACAGAAGUACAGUCCUUGCUGAGAUUAUGGAUAAUUUGAGGGCCAAAGAGUCUCCUCAAAGUCCUGCGGGACCUGGAGAGAUUGCGUGUGAUUUCUGUGUUGGAGAAAGCAUCAAAGCUGUCAAGUCUUGUUUGGAGUGUCGAGCAUCUUACUGUGAAUUACAUGUACAGCCACACUAUAAUGUUCCUGCUUUGAAGAAACACGUGCUGGUGAAAGCGUCCACCAUCCCAGUUUGCUCCAAACACGACAAGCUCCUGGAGGUCUACUGUCGAACCGACCAGACCUGUGUCUGCGCACACUGCUUAAUGGAUGACCACAAGGGCCACGACACAGUGCCAUCCACAACAGAGCGCAAGGAGAAAGAGAUGCAACUUAAAGACACUCAAACAAAAGUCAAGCAGACAAUCCAGGCCAAAGAAAAGGAGCUGCAGAAAAUGAAAAAAGACAUCAUGUCUCAUUCAGAUUCUACGAAGGCAGCAGUGGAAAACAGUAAGAACGUCUUCACUGAUUUAGUCAAGCUUAUUGAGAAAAGAAGCAGUGAGAUGACCGAAAAGAUAAAAGCUCAAGAAAAGGCUGAUCUGGAUCAAGGCAGAAAACUACAAGAAAAGGUAAAGGUGGAAAUAACGCAUCUGAAGAAGAGAGAAGGAGUACUGGAGACACUUUCGCACACAGACAACAACAUCCACUUUCUUCAGAAUUAUGAGUCUGUGUUGUGUUCUGGGUCUGAUGGCUUUCCGAGCCAUUCUUUUAAGCCUGGAUGCUCGUAUACAGAUGUAAACAAACUUCUCUGCCAACUUAAAGAGCAACUAGAAGCUGUUUUCAACCAGAAAAUAAACGAAACGUUUCAGAAAGUUUCAGAUCUGACCACAAAAAACAAUCCAAGCUGCAUUAAUGUUGGAGACAGAGUCCGAGUGAAAGAGUCUAUUAAAAGGCCAAAAUAUGACUGGGGAAAAGGUGUCACGCAUAAGAGUGUUGGUGUGGUGAAAGAUAUUAAAAGCGAUAAGAGUUUGGUCGUCGACUUUCCUGGAUCUGCAGGUUGGAAAGGAAUUCUCUCUGAAAUGGAGCCAGUAAACGAUGAUGUUGAAUGUGGAUCUUCAACUCUCACCUGCAAUAUUAAAAUUGGAGACAAAGUCUGUGUGAAGCCGUCUGUUGAAACACCAAUGUAUGGAUGGGGUUCGAUUACCAACAAAAGCAUUGGCAGUGUUAUAAAUGUGCAGGGUGAGACUGUGACAGUUCAUUUCCCUGAGCAGGAAGGUUGGAUUGGAGAUGUUUCAGAAGUGGUGCUUGCAGGGAACACUGAUUUGGAAUCCUCCACUCACGUAUCCUUCAAAAUUGGAAUGAGAGUCCGGGUGAGACCCUCAGUAAAAGACCCAAAACAUGGAUGGGGAUCAGUCAUUCGCAACAGCAUUGGUGUCAUUAAAAAAAUUGAGGGUGGGUCUUUAACUGUGGAUUUCCCUGAACAGACAGACUGGACUGGUGAGGUUUCAGAAAUGGAGCUCUUCACUAGUGAUGUUUCAGGACCCCUCAGUUUAAGCCCUGGAUCAAGAGUCCGCGUAAAAUCCACCGUCAGCACUCCAGCUCAUGGUUGGGGAGGCAUCACUAAACACAGCAUUGGACUGGUUACAGCAAUUAAUGGCACCAAAGUCACUGUGAAGUUUUCUGAACAGUCUAAUUGGACUGGCAUUGUCUCAGAGAUGGAGGUGGUGCCUUAAUAAUAUCCAAGAUCCAGGAGCUGUCGAUUACAUUCAGAUGCUCAGACUUUUUAAUAUAUACUUUUUUUGGACAGUGGUGUAAUGGAUGGGCAUGUAGAAAUACUCCCUCUGUAACACAAUCUCUGAUAUAUUAUGGCCCGUUUUCAAUGAGUGGUAGGGUACAGUAUGGUACGGUUCGGUUCCCGGGCUUAAACAAACCUUGUCGUUGUCUUGAUGAACAGCCACAAAGCCAAAAAGAAGAGCCGUUUUACCCUGUGCCCCUUAGUUUUUUUAUGAGCCAGUCUGAAGCGCGAGCGGUUUUGCUUUCUUGCUUGCGCUCGCUGCGCAUCUAAAUCUGAAAUAAUAAAAUUCUUGAGCUGAUGAUAAUAACGUGCGCUUGAUUAUUGACGUGCUUAUAAAACCCGAUCCUGUCAGAAACUGACAAACUCAAGAGUAAAGCGCGAGAAGUUGGAAAAAAGGAGAACACUUUUUUUCAGCAAACGUGAACAAACUGCCAUGUUUAACUAUUAUCAUCACCUUUUGGACUAUUAUGAACUCAGAAUGAUGGAAU